AUUUAUGAAGUGGGUGAAGUAAAAGGUUAGAGGCGGGGCUUGUGAUGUUAGCGCCCCGCCCACCCGAGUGCGGGCCAAUGGGCUUCCUCUGCGUCCCGCUGUAACCGAACACACAUUCGCGGUGAGCGUCGCCGGGUUCACACCAUCCUCACACCUCCCGCCGAACCGAAAGCGCAUCAGCAAACUCCCAGAUGACCCGCAGUAGAAUGACGCGCGUCCGGAGCGCGGGUGUGUUUGUCGAGCUCCGCGUUCAUCUGAACGGACCCCUGCUCUCCAUCUCUCCGAGAUCAGUCUGAGCGUCUGGCAACUUCUCCAAACCUGUGCGCACGGAGCCGGACUGACAGCGCGCUCCUCCUGUUCUGUAGUUGCAUGUGCGCAUGAGAAGAGCUUCUGCAGAUCAGAUGGUUUCUGCUCAGAAUGAACCCUGAACACUGACUGCCCGCUUUUCGUCUCUCCGGCGGCGCAGUCCACAGUUAUUGACCGAAGUGCGGACAUUCACAGCACUGACAGAAGAUCGUGGACAUCUCAUCACUUGCUCCACUCUCUGACAUCCGCAGAGCCACAGAUGCGAAUCAAAGUCGAGUAAAGCAAGAGGAAUAUAGGUGUCCGAGUGCGCUGUAGCGAUGCUGCAAGUGGAAAUGAUCCUAUUCGUGGGUGUGAUUCUGUGGAUGUGUGUAUUUAGUCAAGAGCCCAGCUCAAAGGUGAUGGCUGAUCGAUACGCUGUCUACUGGAACCGAAGCAACCCCAGGUUUCACCGUGGAGACUAUCACAUCGACGUCUGUAUAAACGACUACCUGGAUGUCUACUGUCCGCACUAUGAAGACUCGGUCCCUGAGGAGAGAGCGGAGCGUUAUGUGCUCUACAUGGUCAACUACGACGGCUACAGCACGUGUGACCACACGGCCAAGGGCUUCAAGCGCUGGGAGUGCAACCGGCCGCUCUCGCCCAACGGCCCGCUCAAGUUCUCCGAGAAGUUCCAGCUCUUCACGCCCUUCUCGCUGGGCUUCGAGUUCAGACCGGGCCGAGAGUAUUACUACAUCUCAUCCAUGAUCACAGAAACCGGGAGAAGGUCGUGUCUCAAGCUGAAAGUCUUCGUGAGACCACCGAAUGGCUGCGAGAAAACCAUAGGCGUUCAUGACCGCGUUUUUGUCGAUGACAAAGUAGAAAAUGCAUUAGAACCAAGAGACGACACCAGUCACGAGGCCGAACCGUCUCGGAGCGACGUGUCGACUUCAGGCCUGCGACACCAAACGUCUCGCCCCCUGCUGGCCCUGCUGCUGCUCUGCAUCUCUGUCUUCUUCACCUUAUAGCCCCUCGAGCGGACCUCGGGAAAUUGGGGAGGGCUUGAGAUCCCACAGGAACACUCCUGCUGCGUUUUUGUUUUGUUUUCCAAUAUUUAAGUGGUCCUUCGCCGCCUUCGAGUAAGAAGAGUCAAUCAUCUGCACAAAGAAGGAAUGCGGAUCGCCUGUUUAACCAACCGACCAAUCAACUGCGGCGGCAGGUCGCUGCGGAUUGGCUGCUGGGAGGAAGGGGGCGGAGUUUUGUGUGUAAUUUGAGCAUGUGUUAAGACACGCCGGAGGCCCUGUGAGAACUGAACGAUUUUAAUUGGGUGUCACAUAAACAUCAAGUCGAGUUAUAAACCCGAUAUAAAUUAUACACACACACACACACACACACACACACAAAGACUAUUGCCUUUCGUCCUUCGUCUGCCUUCUCCCAACAAAUUGCAGAAUUUAUCCGAAGAAACGGUUUUGCCGCAGGAUGUUUCCCAAUCGAAGGUUGGUUUGUCUGAACCUGGGUUUGAUUCUCUUCUGCGAUUCGAGGGAUCUCUCUUAGUAGACCACACCACUAAAAACAAUGAUUUUGUAUUUUGUAAGAUGAACACAACGGCAACAUAAAUAUCUAUAUUUUUCCUAUGACCUUUUAUCAAUUGAUACGAGAUAUCAACAUUAACGGAUCAUGGAAAUUCUUUUCUUGUCAUAACUGUGUGUCCGAAUCUCUUUUAGGAACCAAACAUGGAACGGGACUCCGCAUGAUGUUUUCCCUUCUACAUGGGUGAGAGUAAAGUACAUGUUUGUUUGACUAGGCCUUAUACUGUACACUAUACUGAUAUAUCUCCUGGAAGUGCUGCGAAUUCAGCGUUUCCAUCGGGGAAAUAAAGUCUAGCUUCAUUUCUUGAUUUUA